CCCCUUCACCCCUACCUCCUCCAUCACCCCUUCACCCCACCACAGAUAAAGGAGGAGAAGAAGCCGCCGGAGACGCUCCCCUCCCCUCCGCCCCCCCUCUCGGUCGUGCCGGGGGGCUUCCUCAAGCAGCUGGUCCGUGACUCUGAGAAGGAGACCAAGCUGAAGGAGCCCGAGGUCAAGGAGGAGAGAGCGCCCAGCAAACUCAGUGACAACCUGGUGCAGCAGUUCCUCCUGGAGGAUCAGACUCCACCAAUCCUGGAGGCCGAGAUGUUGCUCCGAGCCCAGCAAUUGGCUGAAAGCGCAAGCGAGCGGGAAAACUCCUCCCAAUCAAAUCGCAGGAUUUUAUCGCCCAGGCCCCCUGUGACUCCUGAGCUCCAAAAUGGAGAGAGCAAAGAACAGGAAGUGACCCCCAAGCCUCCAAAACAACAACAACAACAAAAAACACAACAGGAAGUGAGGUCGGAGAUGGACAGCAAGGCGAAUGGCAAGAAGAUGGUGGAGGAGGAGAGGAAAGUAAAGACAGCGUUGGUGGAGGUGGAGAAACCAAGAACGGUGGUGGAGGUGAAGAAACCAAAAGUAAUGGUGGAGGUAGAGAAACCAAAAGUGGUGGUGGAGGUUAAGAAACCGAAAGUGGUGGUGGAAUUGGAGAAGCCAAGAACAGUGGUGGAGGUGAAGAAACCAAAAGUGGGGAUGGAGGUAGAGAAACCAAAAGUGAUGGUUGAGGUGAAGAAACCAAAAGCGGUGGUGGAGGUGGACAAAAAGAGAACGCAGGUGGAGGUGGACAAAAAGAGAACGCCGAUUGGUUUGGAGAAACGGACAGAGGUGGUUAAGACGGAGAAGCAUGUAGAUGUGAUAGCAGAGAGACAGGACCCAGAGGGACGGCCAGCAGAAAGCAAUGUGACGGAAACCCAACAGAAAGAGGUGAAAGACGUGUGGUACGAGACCGGCACCGUGUGGUACGUCCACAAGGACGGCGUUACUCUGGCGACCCAGCUCAAGCCAGACGUGGGGACCCCUGAGCUCCCAGAGGGUCUCGUGAGGGUCCGGCUGCAGUCGGACGGUUCCCUGCAUGACGUCACCGAGUACGAGAUAGAGAAGUGCAACCCCUCUGAGUUGGAGCUGUGUGAGGACCUGAGCGAGCUCCAGUACGUCAACGAGAGCGGGGUGCUCCACACCCUGACCAGCCGAGCCCAGGCCAGCCUGCCCCUCACCCAGGCCGGGCCCAACCUCAUCAGCCUCUGGCCCCCCUCCCACCCGCACAGCAAGACGCCAAAGUCCCGGCGGGGGGAGUGUGUGUGGGAGGCGCCCCCGGCCCUGUCCGCCCUGGUCCAGAGGAUGUACGUGUCCCUGGUGGGCACGCGCAGGGACCACAGUGUGUGCGCGCUGGGCCGCAGCGGCACGGGCAAGACCACGGCGUGCCAGGCCUUCACACACACCCUGCUCAAACAGGCGGGCACCGUGGGGGGCAGCGUCACCGUGGAGCGCGUGCAGGCGGUGUUCUCCAUCCUGCGGUCGUUUGGCUGCGUCAGCUCCCCUCACAGCGACGCCUCGUCCCGCUUCGCCAUGGUGCUCUCUCUGGACUUCAACAAUGCCGGCCUCAUCGCCGGUGGUCACCUCCAGACGAUGAUGCUGGACAAGUGGAAGGUUUGUCAGAAGUUGGAAGGAGAGAGCAACUUCCUGGUGUUCGCUCAGAUGAUGGCUGGGCUCAGCACCGAGAUGAGGACUGAGCUGCAGCUGCACCAGCUACCGGAGUUCAACUCCUUCGGUAUCGUCCCCGCCACCAAGGUGGAGGAGAAGCAGCGCGCGUCAGUCGCCUUCAACAAGCUGGUGGUUGCCAUGGAAACACUGGGCAUCACCGCCGGAGAGCAGAAGGCGAUCUGGCACGUCCUGGCCGCCAUCUACCACAUCGGAGCCGCGGGGGCCUGCAAAGUGGGCAGGAGGCAGUUUGUGAACUUUGAGAGUGCCCAGGCGGCCGGGAGCGUCCUGGGCAGCGAGGGAGAGGAUCUGCACACCGCCGUCUUCAAGCACCACCUCCGGCAGCUACUGCAGAGAGCCACCGGGGGCAGCAGAGAGAGGCUCCCUGCUGCCGAGACAGAGGACGGUCCCAGGCUGACUGCUUCUCAGUGCGUGGACGGAAUGGCUUCUGGACUCUAUGAAGAACUCUUCACUACCAUUGUGUCGCUUAUUAACAGAGCGCUGAGCACCCGGCAGCUGACCCUGGCGUCGGUGGCGGUGGUGGACACCCCGGGACUGAGGAACCCCCGGCACGCCGGGGAGGAGCGCGCCGCCGGCUGGGCCGAGCUCUGCCACAACUACCUGCAGGAGCGGCUGCUGGAGCACUACCACACACACACCUUCACACACACGCUGGAGCGCUACCAGCAGGAGAAGCUGGGUGUUCAGUUUGAGAGCCCAGAGAGCAGCCCGGCCGACGUGGUGUCGGCUGUGGACCAGCCCACCCUCCAGGUGAGGGCUGCUGAGGCGGUCCCGCGGGGCCUCCUGUGGCUCCUGGAUGAGGAGAUGGUGACCCCGGGCUCCACUGAGAACGCGGCGCUGGAGAGGGUCUGCCAGUACUACAGCAACACCGUGCGUCAGUGCGAGCAGCCCCUGCAGUGUGAGGUCAACCACAUGCUAGGCCUGGACCCAGUGCGCUACGACCUGACGGGCUGGUUCGGUCUGAUCCAGAACAACCCCUCCUCCCUCAACGCCGCCACGCUGCUGCAGAACUCCACCGUUGGGGUGGUGAAGGCCCUGUUCUCCCCCAGGUCCUCAGUGCCCCCUCUGUGCCGGGGGCUGGGGGGCUUCGAAGGCAGCAGCCAGCGCUCCCUUCAGCGGAGUGGAACCAUCCGGAAGACCUUCAGCGGGGGCAUGGCCGCCAUGCGCCGUCACUCGGCCUCCAUCGCCGUCAAACUGCAGGCGGAUGCUCUACUGAACCUGAUUCGUCGUGCGCGGCCCGUCUUCCUCCAGUGCGUCAAGGCCAAGACGGACGCCGGCGUCUUCGAUGUCCGUGCACUGCGCGUCCAGCUACACUCUGCCCAGAUCCUCCCCGCCCUGCAGCUCUACCGCACAGGCUACCCAGAGCACAUGCCUCUGGGAGACUUCAGGUGUCGUUUCCAGGCUCUCUCUAAUGUCAUCGUGAAGCGCUACGCCUCCGUGUUCGUCGCCCACGACGAGAGGAAGGCAGUGGAGGAACUGCUGGUAGAGUUGGAUCUGGAUAAGAAGAGCAUAGUUCUGGGCCCCAGCAGAGUACUAAUGAGGCGUGGCGUGCUGCAGUCCCUGGAGAGGCUCCGAGACCAGCUGGUCAGCGGCUGGCUGCUCCACUUCCAGGCCUCCUGCACGGGUCACCUGGCCCGGCAGAAGUACCGCCGGCUCAAGGUGCAGCAGAUGGCGGUGAGCUGUGUGCAGAGGAACCUGAGGGCCAUGCGGGCUGUCGGCAGGUGGUGCUGGUGGAAGCUCUUCUGCAGGGUCCGGCCUCUCCUCAACGUCAACAUGGACAACCAGAGGCUCAGGGCCAAGGAGGACGAGUUAUCAGUUCUGAGACGAAAACUAGAGAAGUCCGAGAAGGAGAGGAAUGACCUCAGACAGACCACAGACAUCCUGGAGACCAAGGUGACGGCGGUGACCUGUGAGCUCAGUGACGAGCGUUUCCGUGGCGACGCGGUGGGCCAGGCGCUGGACGUGGAGCGAGCUGAGAGACUGAGGCUCUGCAAGGAGAACAAGGAGCUGCAGACACGACUGGACCAGUGCAAGGUUGCCAUGGAAACCCUUGAGAAGCAGCUGGAGGAGGAGCAACAGAAGGUCCAUGUGAAGGAGAGCCCGGCCCGGCCCGCGACAGACAAGGAGCUGGUGGUGCAGCUGGAGUGUUCCCAGACGGAGGUAGAGUUUGUGCGGCGGCGUCUGAAGCAGACGGAGGAGAAGCUGGAGGUGGAGAGACAGGCCCGGCAGCAGCUAGACACCAAGGUGUCCUCCUUGCAGGCCCAGCUGGAGCAGUCCAGGAGGAGUGCGGCGGAGCUGAAGCGUCAGUGCCGCCGGUUGACCUCUGACCUCCAGGACGCCCGGGUCCUCACCGACAGCCUGCAGAGCCGCAUCCACGAGCUGGACCGCAAGCAGAGGAGGUUUGACAGUGAGCUGACCCAGGCCUUGGAGCAGGCAGAGAAUGAGAGAGAGCUCAAGGAUAAAGUCACCCAGGAGAACACAGCCAUGGGCGGCCAGAUAUACACUCUAAGGGCCAACCUACAGGAGAGCGAGGCGGAGGUGACCCGUCUGGGCCAGCAGAAGGACGAGCUGUGCAGCCAGGUGCGGGACCUCAGCCUGCCCCUGGACCUGUCCGUCGACUCGGUCCCGGACCUGAAGAAGCAGCUCCGCCUCCUGGAGGGCCAGGCCAGCGAGGGCCAGGAGGAGGUCAGCACCCUGACCGGCCGGAUCCAGCAGCAGCAGCAGGUGCACAUGCGCUCUGAGCUGGAGAUGGAGCGCAUGAGGCAGAUGCACCAGAAGGAGCUGGAGGACAAGGAGGAGGAGCUGGAGGACGUCCACAAGUCCUCCCAGAGACGACUGAGACAGAUGGAGAUGCAGCUGGAGCAGGAGUACGAGGAGAAGCAGAUGGUGGUCCACGAGAAGCAUGAUCUGGAAGGGCUGAUCGCCACGCUCUGCGACCAGGUGGGCCACCGGGACUUCGACGUGGAGAAGAAGCUGCGUCGGGACCUGAAGAGGACCCACGCCCUGCUGGUCGACGCCCAGCUGCUGCUGUCCACCGUGGACGGGCCCCAGAGCCAGCCCUGGGGCCGCGAGCACAUAGAGCGCCUGCACUGCCAGCUGGAGGAGAGUGAGGCCAGGAGGGACGAGGUGGAGGGCUUCCAGAAGACCCUCUCCCAGGAGCUGGACAACGCCCAGAUAGAGCUGGAGACACUCUGCAAACACAAGAGCCUGGCUGAUGAGCAGCUGAUGCUCCUGGAGCACGAGAAGACGGACCUCCUGAAGAGACUGGAGGAGGACCAGGAGGACCUGAAUGAGCUCAUGAAGAAACACAAAGCCCUCAUCGCUCAGUCCUCCAGCGAUAUCACCCAGAUCAGGGAGCUGCAGGCGGAGCUGGAGGAGGUGAAGAAGCAGAGGCAGACGCUCCUGGAGGAGCUCCAGUCUAGUGUUUCCAGGGUGCAGUUCCUAGAGUCAUCCACUGUGGGGCGCAGCAUCGUCAGUAAACAGGAAGCUCGUGUUUGUGAUCUGGAGAACAAGCUGGAGUUCCACAGGGGGCAGGUGAAGAGGUUUGAGGUGCUGGUGCUGCGUCUGAGGGACAGCGUGGUGCGCCUCGGGGAGGAGCUGGAGCAGAGUGCCCAGACGGAGGCCCGGGAGCGGGAGAACUGCGUCUACUACCAGCACCGCCUCCAUGACAUGAGGCUGGAGAUGGAAGACCUCACCCAGAGGGAGCAGGACAGCAGCCGCCGGCGCAUGGAGCUGGAAAUGCAGGUGACGGAGCUCACCGCCGUCCGACAGACAUUACAGGCCGACCUGGAGACGUCCAUCCGUCGCAUCGUGGAUCUGCAGGCUGCCCUGGAGGAGGUGGAGUCGAGCGACGACAGUGACUCUGAGAGCACUCACACUGCCACGGAAUCCCUCUCUCGAAGGAAAGACCUCGACUCCGUGUCCAGCGUGGGGACGGAGGACGUCGGCGAGGGGAUCAGGACCUGGCUGGGCGUACCCAAGGGGUCGUCCCGUGCCGGGUCGUCCCGGGGUGGGUCCCCUUACGGCAGCCAGGCCGGGCGCCAGUCCGUCACGGACACCAUGAGCACCUACAGCUUCCGGUCGUGCGUGGACGAGGACGGCGGCUCCGUGGCCGGGGGGGCCGGCACGGGGGGGCUGGGCCGCGCCUCGUCCUCCUCGGCCCUCUCCGAGCUCCUGGACGGCCUCCGCAAGCGCCGGGGGGGCGGAGCCGCGGGGAGCGUCGGCGGCGACCAGGUGGACCGGGCGGGCAGCGCGGCCUCCCUGCCCAUCUACCAGACCACCGGGGCCUCCUCCCUGAGGCGCCGCGCCUCCGCCCUCUCCCCGGGGCCCGAGGACCCCCGCGAGGCCCGGCCGGGCAUCCUGAAGCCCCCCUCCCCGCUGCUCCAGCGCGCUGCCAGCAGCGCCUCUAUCGGAGGGGCGUCGACCUCCUCCUCCGCCCCCAGAGCGAUCCGCUUCAGCGCCGCCGCCGCCGCCGCCGCCCCCGCCGCCCCCGACCCCUCGGCGGCCAACGCCGGCCAGCUCCCCACGCUGCCCCACCUCUCCUCCCUGUCGGCGCUGCACGGCCGCCACCUGCCGCGCUCCCUCUCCAUCCCGGAGGAGGAGCUGGAGGAGGGCCGCGGCGGCGGCGGCCGUGGCUCCGGUGGCCCCAGCCCCCAGCGCUCCCCGCAGGCUCCGGCGCGGCGCCGCCUGCUGGCCUCGGAGGACGGCGGCGAGGGCUCCCUCGGCUCGGAGCCCAUGGUGUUCCAGAACCGCUGCCUGAUGGCAGACGGCGGCCGGGACGGCGCCGGGUCGGAUAUCAUGCCGGCCAUCCGCAGGGCGCAGUCGGCCAGCAGCCUGGCCGGGUCCAUCCGGGGAGGGGGAGGGGGAAGGAGAGCGCUGAGCGUCCACUUCGGGGAGCUGCCCCUGUCGUCCCGCAGCAGGAAGAGCUCGGAGGCGUCCGAGUCGUCCAGCUCAGGGGGCAGCUCCGCCGGGGGGUCCCAGACCGGGGCGGGGGGGUCCAGGGGCAAGUCGGGCGGGGGGAGGCCCCAGGGGGAAAGGCUGGAGGCGGAGGGGAGCGAGGGAGAAGACGUGGCCUCCGUUAUGAAGAAAUACCUGAAGAAAGAGGUGGACUGAGGUGGGAAGGUUUGAGGCCCCCCAAAGCAUUGCUUGUGCCUCUUUUUGUUCCUUCUUUGGUUCAGCCAUUCUGUGUUCUGUCCUCUCCCUCUCUCUGUCCUGCUCCCUCUCCCUUGGACUUAUUCACCCGGCCGCCAUAUUGGUUCCAUAUUGGUUCUAUUCCGCAUUCAGUUCCCCCACCCGGAUAGUGUUCAGAACCAAGAUGGCCGCUAGGUGAAUAAAAGGCCCAUUGGCAGCUCUGGGAGCCGAGGUGAGGUCAAAGGUUAGGGGCACCUGAAGUAGAAUGUUGUCAGGAGUGAGCAGACAAUUUAAAAACUAAAAGGAAAUCUAGUAUUUCUAAAUUGUCUGUUACUGGAGAAUAACAUUAUCCAUCUGGGAUAUUAUCAUCAAUAGAUGAUAACGAAAGAAUCCAUUCAUGGUCAAAUAUACUAUAUUCAAAUCUGAAUUCUAAUUAUUCUUUCAGGUGAGCAGUGUUUGUAUGAAUAAAAUAAGGAAGUCAACCUUGUUUUUGUUUGUUCUAUUUUCAAUCAAUAAAAAAUCAGGCGGAAA